UCUGACCAUGGCUCAGGACCACUCUGUCUUGGGACUUCAGCUUCUCAUAUCCUUUCUUUCCGCUCCUUCGGGCUCCAACUCUCCAAAAUGACGGAGUUCACACCGGACCAGAUUGAGGACUUCAAGGAGGCUUUUGGUCUCUUUGACAGAAUUGGUGACAGCCAGGUGGCCUACAACCAGGUGGCCGACAUUAUGCGCGCUCUGGGCCAGAACCCCACCAACAAGGAUGUUCAGAAAAUUCUGGGCAACCCAACCGCCGACGAUAUGGCCAACAAGAGGCUCAACUUCGACGCUUUCCUGCCCAUGCUGAAGCAGGUCGAUGCCAUCCCCAAGGGAACCUACGACGACUACGUUGAGGGUCUGCGUAUCUUCGACAAGGAGGGUAACGGCACAGUCAUGGGCGCUGAGCUGCGCAUCGUGCUGUCCACUUUGGGAGAGAAGAUGAACGAGCAGGAAAUUGAAGCCCUCAUGGCCGGACAGGAGGACGAGAGCGGCAGUGUGCACUAUGAGGCUUUCGUCAAGCACAUCCUGUCUGUGUAAGAGGCCCGCAGCAAGAGUGCUGAGGAAACUGUAGCUCGCCUACAGACAGCCGAACAGUGUUCAGGACAUCUACGCUGUUUCAAAGACCAACCAAGGAAAGACAAGGACUUUGUACAAGGGAUGUUGAAGCAAACCCAUCGUUCUGCUUGUUUUGUUUUCCGUUCCACUUCGCCUCAAACCCUCCUUCCUGAGGACAUCGUCUCUCCGUUGUAGACCACCAUCACCCGGCCUCUACUCCCCCCACCGGGGCGCGUCUCCACUCGCCACAUGGGGUGAGGAACGGGGGAAAAGGGGUGACCGCUCAUCAAGUGAGGGUAGAUCCCUCCCUUCCCACCGCCACCUCAUUCAGUCAUGACACCUCUGAACCCAGCAAUGCCAAAGGUGCUGGAGAACGGUCGUGGAUAGACCGCCAGAAGUUUCCCCAAUUCCCUGAAAAGUUGUAUUUAUUUUCACUCUGAUCAUUUCAGAAUAAACUUUUCCAACGUACAUCCCA